UUUAAAAUUUAGCCACGGUUGACCUAAUAUCGGUUACCGAGAAGUACAACUCUCGCGAAAGUUGUCACUUUCCGUUUAAACGUGAAUCUGUCCAAUAGAUAACAGCUGACCUGAUAGCGAGGUCGGCUGCAACCCAUUUAUAGAUAAGAACCAUAAUAACACGCUGCAUGCCGGGAGUUGUUAUGUUAGACGACGACAGUGUCCUGCUGUCAAAACAGUUCGUGCGGUGGUGGUGACCAAAGCUGUGAUCAUGGCGUUGACCCGGCUAGAACGGGCCCAGGUAUGGAUUCUGAGUGCGUGCACGGGCGUGCUCUUUGCGCUCUUUCGACUCCUCUCUCCCAGGCGGUCCCGUGGAUUCACCAAACUUCUUCCGGUCACCAACCCUCUGCUGAUGAUGUCUGCGAUGCAGCUCGCGCAAAGGAUUCGUCGGAGAGAGGUGUCGAGCGUGGAGGUGGUGCAGGCCUACAUUGACAGGAUUCAGGAGGUGAACCCGCUGCUCAAUGCUAUGGUGCAGGACAGGUUUGCAGCAGCGUUGCUAGAGGCAGCCCAGGUGGACAAGUUGAUCGAGGAGGAGACCGGGGGAGAGGAUGUUCUGGAGGAUAGACUUCCCCUGCUGGGGGUCCCCCUCACUGUCAAAGAGGCCUUCGCUCUACGGGGCAUGCCUAACACCGCAGGUGUGGUUUCCCGGCGCGGGGUCCUUUCAGUGGGGGACGCCCCUCCCGUGGCCCUGUUAAAGAGGGCCGGGGCCAUCCCCCUGGGGGUCACCAACUCCAGCGAGCUCUGCAUGUGGUCCGAGUCCCACAACCACCUAUACGGCAUUUGCAAUAACCCCUAUGACCAGGAGAGGACACCAGGCGGCAGCUCAGGUGGAGAGGGUAGUAUACUUGGCGGUGGAGCAUCGGUGAUCGGGAUAGGUUCUGACAUCGGUGGAAGUAUCCGUAUGCCGUGCUUCUUCAAUGGCGUUUUUGGCCAUAAAACCACACCAGGUGUAAUAUCUAAUGAUUGUCAGUACCCCCCUGCCUCUGGUUGUCAUGAGGACUACCUCAGUACUGGCCCCAUGUGUCGUUAUGCUGAGGACCUUCUGCCCAUGCUCAGGAUCAUGGCUGGACCCAAUGCUUACAAAUUGUCUUUGUCCGUUGAGGUGGAUCUGAGGAACCUGCGUUUCUUCUCUAUCCCUCACGAUGGAGGCUCUCCUCUGGUGAGUGCUGUAGAUGAACAGCUCCUUCAAGCCCAGAGGAGGGUGGUGGAGCGGCUCGAGUCUGACCUAGGGGUCAAGGUUCAGGAGGUGCGUCUCUCUGGGCUCAAAUAUGGCUUCCAGAUCUGGGAUACGUACAUGGGGCUCCCCGACAAGGAGGGCAAGCGCCCCACACCCUUCCAAGUGUUGAUGGGGGAACCAGGGAGGCCGGUGUGGCCAGUGUGGGAGCUGGCCAAGUGGAUGAUGGGAAGGUCCCCUCACACCAUGGCUGCUAUUGGCCUGGCCCUGGUAGAGAUUACCAGCUCAUCCAAGCCCUCUCCCUUCAUCCUGAAGCAGAAAGAGAAGCUACAGAAGGAGAUGGAGGAGCUGUUGGGUACAGACGGGGUUCUCCUGUACCCCACCCACCCUCACCUCGCCCCCAAACACCACCACCCCCUCUUCACACCCUUCAACUUCGCCUACACAGGGGUCAUCAACAUCCUGGGGCUGCCUGUGACCCAGUGCCCUUUGGGGUUGAGUGUAGAGGGUCUUCCCCUGGGGGUGCAGGUGGUGACUGGGAAGCACCAGGAUCGCCUGUCCCUAGCCAUGGCCCUCUACCUGGAGAAGACCUACGGAGGCUGGAGAGACCCUGGAGCCGCCUGACCUGUCCUGUAUCUAUAAAGCAUUGCAGGGUAGGACUCUUA